AUAUUACUAAUGACAUAUUAAUGACAUGUUACUGACAUUACUAAUGAAAUAUUAAUAAUUACUCAUUACUAAUGACAUGUUACUAAUGACAUUUUACUAAUUACAUAUUACUUAUUACUAAUGACAUAUUACUUCAUACUAAAGACCUAUUACUAAUGACCCUGUUACUUAUUACUAAUUACGUAUUACUAAUGACAUAUUACUAAUGACUUAUUGUUAAUGACAUGUUACUGACAUAUUACUAAUGACAUGUUACUAAUGACAUAUUACUAAUUACUCAUUAGUAAUGACAUGUUACUAAUGACAAAUAUACUGCAAAUGGCAAACAGUACAACUGACUUGUUUUAUUUUGGCAACUGAGCUGCCAGUUUUUGACCGUUAAAAAAAAGUACAGUUUUUCCAUUUACUGUAAUUCACUAAAAAAACAACCAUAGAUUUUACUGUCAAAUAAACUGGCAGAAUUUUACCAUGAAAAAACAUUGGUAGAUUAUUUUAAAUUUCCAAUUUACAGUAUAAUUUACAGCAUUAAUCUGUUGUCAUUUUCCAGUCUACAAUUGAAGGAUAACUUGUUUUGAAAUCAUAAAUCAAAGAGUAUUGAUUUUGUUUUGACAAAACUAUUUUUAGAAAGUAUGAUAAUAUAAUAGUUAACAAUAUUUUGUUUAUUAAAAUGUGUCCAAUAAUUCUGAAGGACACAUUAAAUGGGAUAUUCAAAUAAAUGGAUUUGGCGGCCACAUUUGCAGAAAGCUUGGGGCCAAACUUCUCCCUUGAAUAAUAAUCUAAUUUUGUAUAUUCCAGAGAACCAGCGUCCUCUACAGUGGACAUUUGAUUUUGCUUGAUUAUUUAGUCAUCUACAGAAGUGCUCUGCUGUUCUUCAGGACCUUCUGCACAAAUAUGGCGCCAGUAUGCGCUUUGGCCUGCCGUCUCUCGCUGUCAGCUCUGUUUGUUUUUGUGCUGUUCGCGUCUGUUGUCGUCUCUGUCAACUCUUUGCUUGUGUAUGAUCGCCAAACGCUGUUGGAUCUUUGUCCCUCUCUCACGGGUAUGGUCAAUUUCCACGUUGGUUUUUCGAAGUCCCAGGCGCCGUACUCACCCAGCCGGAUUCCUGCCUUCCUUUCCCGCCCCCAAGCUCCUCUACCCCGGCGAAGGCGUCACCGCCGCCGCGGUAAACGUGGCGGCCAGCUGGCGUUUGCUGGAUCCCGCCGGCUCCUGGCUUGUUCCUGUCGUCGGUUUGCAGGGGGAAGCUCACCCCUAUCGCUCCUGCUGUCCCUGCCCCCGGAGGCGCGGGGUGAAUUCCCGCCACCUGGAUCAGCAGCGGCCUUGGACGCGCCGGCCCCCGUCAAGUUCGGUCUUGUUAACGCAAGAUCUUUGACAAACAAAACAUUUAUCCUGAAGGAUUUAUUCAUUUCUCGCGGACUGGACUUCCUCUGUGUGACGGAGACGUGGCUGAGAACUGGUGAGUUCGCCCCUCUUAAUGAACUUUCAUCACCGGAGUGCUUGUAUUUUAAUUCUCCGCGGUCGUCCGGCCGAAAAGGAGGAGGAUUAGCAGUCGUUUUUAAAAAUGACUUUAAAUGUCGUCAGAUCCGCCUGCAAUCCUCUUUUUCAAGCUUCAAACUAUGCAUGUUUGAACUGGGUCUUUCUGAUGUCGUCCUGUGUGCCGUCGUCUAUCGACCACCCAAGUACCAUAAAGACUUUCUAAAUGACUUUUCUGAAUUUCUGGCCGAAAUCCUCGCCCAAAUAUGAUCGUGUCCUUAUUGUUGGUGAUUUUAAUAUUCACACCUGCUUUCCAGACGAACCGCUCUCCAGGAGCUUCCUGAAUGUCAAUGACUCAUUUAACGUUGUACAGUCUGUGUCUGGUUCCACACAUGAACGUGGGCGUACACUAGACCUUGUACUGUCUUAUGGUUUUAUUGUUGACAAUGUCGUUGAUGGUGAUGCUGUGUUUUCUGAUCACAGUCCUGUUAUGUUCAAUUUAAGUUUGGAUCCUGAUGUAAAACCACUUGCCGUGCGUCAUGGGCGUGUUAUUAGGUCUGACAGUGCAGCCGCCUUCUCUCCUUUGUUCACUGUGUCCAUGCAGAGUACAUCACUCUCUGCAGACACUGAACAAUUGAUGUGCUCUUUUCUCUCCACAUGUUCUGAGAAUCUGGACAGUAUAGCGCCCCUCAGAGCUAUACGUCCAAAGCCAAAACAGGAGCCUUGGCUCAAUGAAACCACGCGCACAGCUAGGCGUGCGUGGCGAAGAGCGGAGCACAAGUGGAAAGGGGAUCACUUGGAGGUCUCUUAUCAAAUUUUAAAAGAAAGCUGUCAGAAUUAUCAAAGUGUGGUUAAAGCUGAGAAAAUAAAAUAUCUGUCAGACUUAAUUUCAAAUAGUAUCAGCAAGCCACGUGUUCUUUUUAAAACUAUUAGUUAUGUUCUUAAUCCGAA